AUGCAGGAGAUAGUGUCGAGACAAGCUGUUGCCUAUCCUGUAGCUACUGCUAAACACAUGGAGAGAGUUGUUGAGGGAGCUAAACGUGUCAAGACAACUGCUUCGACACAUAGCAUAACAAGUCGAUUGCAUCAACUGAUACCGAAUGUGAAAUUAUAUUCAUGUAAACAUUCGGUUGGCUUAGCCAUAUUAUUUAAGAUUUAUGAAAUACGUGAUAAAACUCGUUGGGAACUUUUAGGUAAACGACGAGGAAAAGGUAGAUCAAAAAAGCAACAAUGGAUUUUGAAUGAAAAAUUUAUCAAAUUACGUGCCAAUUCAAUAUUGGUUAAUGUUGGAAUGCAUAAUGAUUCUCUUGGACCAGGAUCGGAUUUUCACAAAUCUCGUCUCAAAACAACGCCUGUACUACGAACAUCGAUUCAAUUUCAAAUAUCGCCAGCAUAUUCAAAUACCAACGACAAUCGACGAUUCAUAUUAGUGGAUAAAACAAGAAGCAAUGAACGUAUAUUGAUAUUUGCAACGGACGAACAAUUACAAUUAUUAUUCAAUUCGACUCGAAUAAUGGCAUUACCAUUUUUACCAAUUAAUGUUGUUGUUAAUACAUUUAAUGAAUUACAAGAUGAAACACCAUUAGCUAUACGGAAGAACUUACAACCAUUAUAUGAUUAUUUUGAUAAUUAUUGGUUAAAUACAAUCGAUUUAGAAAAAUGGAAUGUAUGUGUUAAAAAAGAAGAAUUUAAAUUUAGACAUGAUAGAAUACAAUUAUUAGCUGGUGCACAAAUGAAAAAUUCUCGACAUAAGACAACAGCUGUUCAAAAAAGAAUAACAACAUUAACACAUCAUUAUGAAGCACAACAACUCAAUGAAAUGGAAUUUUUGCAAGCUAUAUCAUUUGCCUUUAGUAAAUCAAAGAAUGGAUGA